GCAGGCGCUGGCAGGGCAGAGGCGCUGCUGGCGGCCGGUACGGGAGAGAGGAGCGGCGAGGAUAAAGCGAUCCCCGACGGCAUGGGCAGCUGCGAGAGCAGCCCGGCCCGCAGGAAGGUGUCCUUCGAGCUGGACGAGCAGGACCGAGUCCGGGUGCUGCAGGGCAUCAAGCUCACUGAAGAUGUAGUGAACCGGAUGAAAGGAUCCUCUCCGAGCAGAAGGGAGAUCCAGAGAUCUCCCCGUGCAUCCAAUGGCACAGCUCCCUCCUCCCUGGCUGCAGAAGGGAAACCCAGACCUACAGGAAUUCAGGCACCAAAGGAAAGUGACUCUUCUGCAGAGCAGGAACUCUACAGGAGGUACUUGGCAGAGCAGUCGCUGGUCCAAGAGGAGCUGGUCCGGCUGGUCAAGAGAGAAAGGGAAGCAGCCUGUGAGGCCAAGGAGAGGUCUGGCAUUAUUGAGGAGAGGCAGAGAGCAGCCCAGCUGCCUGAGGAUUUGGAUGCCUGGGCUGUGGAGCUGCAAGGCUGGGAGGCAAACCUGAGGCGACAAGAGGCCUUCUACCAAGAGCAGCUGGCCCGCAUUGAGAGGAAGAAUGCAGAGAUCUACAAGAUGACAUCUGAGCAGUAUCAGGAGGCAGCCGCCAAGGCAGAGGAACGGAUAAAGAGGAGGAAUGCUGAUCCUAUCUGUGCAAACCUGCAGUCUGAAAUUCUGAAGUGCUACCAGGAAAACAAAAGUGAAGUGCUCAAAUGCUCGGAGCUGGCGAAGGAAUAUCAGCGCUGUGUUAGUGCAGCUCAGAAGGAGCUGUUGGUUAAUUCUGGAUAAACAUCAUCUGCCAAAGAGCAGAGGACAGGGACCAUGGACACCCUUGGAAGCUCCAGCAUCCUUCUGGACAGACACUGACCAAAACCAGUGCCUUCUGCCCUCCAUCUCCAAGACAAUACAACAUGAUUCCUCUUCUAAUGCCUGCAUGUAUCAGUCUCAGUGGAUGUUCCUGGGGGUGGGAGAAGGGUUCCAGGAGCAGGGGAUGCUAUAGUUUCUUUUCAUUGUUUUGCAAUGUAAAGAAUUGUGUUGGCCCCAGGUGCUUCCAGCAUAGCUCGUAGCUUAGGGUCUUGCUCCAACACAAGCCUGGUUCAUCCAGCUCUAACUUCAGUUUCUCCAACCUACAUGUGAGUUUCAGGAGCUGUUGCAUCUGUUUGCUCUGGAGAAAGAGGUCCCAAGUAUUUGGAAGUAACCCUGAGUAGCUUGUUAGGAUUAACUGUUCCUAGCAUGCUCCCAUUGGUUACACCAGCAGGCACAUUCCUUCCCUUCCAGGGUUCCCUCCUAAACAAUAAAGUAUUUAACAGUCA